GUGAAGAUGGAGGAGCAGGCGUCGGCGGCCGGCCCGCAGGCGCCGGCGCCGCUCCAGCAGAUGCAGCCGCGGCGGCAGUACCGCGGCGUGCGCAUGCGCAAGCGGGGCAAGUGGGCGGCGGAGAUCCGGGAGCCGCACAAGCGCACGCGCAUCUGGCUGGGCUCCUACGCCACGCCCGUCGCGGCGGCGCGCGCCUACGACACGGCCGUGUUGUACCUGCGAGGGCGGUCGGCGCGGCUCAACUUCACCGACGAGAUCCCCGCGCUGGCGCUCGCGGAGGGCGGCGGCGGCAGCACGCUGUCCGCGGCGUCGAUCCGGAAGAAGGCCAUCGAGGUGGGGUCGCGCGUGGACGCGCUGCAGACCGGCAUGAUGGUCGCGCCGCCGCACCACCGCGAGCGGCAGAGGCACCACCAUGGCCACCACGGCCUCCCGCAGCUGCAGCUGCAGCUGCACGCCGAGGAGGAGCAGCGUCAGCAGGAGCAGAAGCAGCAGCGCGCGGCCUGGAGCGGGCGCGCCAAGAACCCGGAUCUCAACCGGGCGCCCAGCCCCGAGAGCUCCGACACCGAGUGAAGCAGCAGGCAGGCAGG